AGAUUGAAAUGGGGAGGAGUCUAUCUGAGCCAGUUCAGCUCAGGACAAGGACUGAAGGGCAAACAAGCAACAAGGAAGGAGCAGAAAAUUAAAUAACACAUUUACCAGGAAAAUACAAGGAGAAUAAAGCAUACUGAGGAGGACCACCCACCUGCAGAACAAUGUCUCUCUCUCCGGCUGCCUUGGCUGCUCGUCGAGUGUUGGCUGCUGCGUCAAGCCAUGAGGGAGGAGUUCGCACCUGGAAGAUCCUGACGUUCGUGCUGGCGCUGCCCGGUGUGGGCGUGUGCAUGGCCAACGCCUACAUGAAGGGUCAGGCUCACUCUCAUGAGCAGCCGGAGUUUGUGCCGUAUCCUCACCUUCGCAUCCGCACCAAGAAGUUUCCCUGGGGCGAUGGAAACCACUCUCUGUUCCACAACAGUCAUACUAAUGCCCUGCCCGACGGCUUCGAGGAGUCGCACCACUGACAGACUCAUCUCCCAGCUUUGUUUUGCUGCGUGCUUUAACCUGCGGUCUGCAGUGUACUUGUACUUGGCUUAAUUACUGUAUACUGACCAAGGGGCCAAGCCAAACAGAAAUAAAACCACUGUGUGCUGUA